GGUCACUAUUCGAACGUCACUGAACUUGGCGGGAAAGCUACUGUUUUGUUGUGUCCGUGCUGGAUUUGUGAUUCUGAGACUUUAUUACACCUCUUCUUGUUCAUGGUGGCUAUCUGUUGGGUGUUAGUUACCGUGACAAGUGGUCAAGAUGGCAGACUUUAAAUUUGUGAUACCACUGAGUCUUCAGAUGCUAGAAGAGUCAAAUUCUAGCAGGCAGUAUGUAGUCACCAGUGUGUUUACAGCUUGGGAAAUAAAUAACAACAUAAAAGAUGUCCAGGCAAGUUUGCGGCAGGAUGGAAAUGAAUUCAUCCUCAAACAGAAAUGUUUUGACACAUUGUAUAGUAUCUUAGUAAACUUUUCUUCAGUUGAUAGAGAAGUUCAACAACAGUCAUGGAACCUUAUGGUGAAAGCAAUGGGGAAACUGGUAUCAGAAGUGGGUUGCAUUAUUGAUGGGGAUUUGACUGCCUCUUCAAAGGCUAAAUGGCUGAAUAUUGUGAAGAUGACUACAUUUAUAGCUUGCAAACUCAGUGAUGCAAUGGAAAAUAAAUACAACAAUGCAACUACAGAUAUUCUUGUACCUUGCAGGGGGAGAAAGAAGCAUGCUAAGGAUACUGAUCAGGGUCACUGGGAGGAGGACCGGAAUAAUAUGUUGGUCCAUCUCUAUACUUUGAUACAGUAUCCUCUACAGCGGUUGUGGGAACCACCAGUUGUGGAGGAUGACUUUGUGAUCUUAAUUGGUGAUAGCUGUUAUAAGAUGCUUGAGUCUCCCAACAUGGCUUUGGUACGAACCAAGGAUACACGUACGUCCCUGUUCCAGAUUAUAGGCACACUUGUCAAGAAGUUUAACCAUGGAAUGGCAUGUUCACUGAAGAUUCUACAGCUGCUGCGAACAUAUGAACAUAUGGUGUCUCCUGCAGCUCAGGGAGUCAUUCUGCUUAUCCAGACAUUUGGAGACAAAUAUGUUUUGCCUGAGAUUAUCAAAGAAAUCUCCAGAGUUUCAAGAGAUGACAUGGUAAAGGACACAUCUGGGCUUCGCAGCUUUACCCAGUUUCUUAUUGAAGUAUCAAGUAAUUGUCCCCAAAUGAUUGUGCCUUCACUGAGUCUUCUAAUCAGUUUCUUGGAUGAAGAGGUAUACUCUUUACGGAACUGUGUCCUGUCAAUAUUGGGUUCUGUGGUGCUGAAUCUGUUGAAAGGAGACAAUCUUGACACAAAGAGCAAGGAUUUAAGGGACCAGUGCUUGGAACACCUUGAGGACCACAUACAUGAUAUCCAUGCUUUCAUACGAAGUAAAGUUCUCCAAAUAUGGAAUGACCUGAUACGAGAGAAGGCUGUGCCGCUGUCUCGACAACAUGAUGUACUAAAGAUGGUGUUGGGGCGGCUGUGGGAUAAGUCAUCAGUUGUACGGAAGAAUGCUAUACAGUUAUUGACAGCUUUUGUGAACAGCAACCCUUUUGCUGCCAAGUUACCCCUAGAAGAACUUGAAUCUCAAUGUGCUUUGGAGUUGAAGAAACUGCAAGAGUUGUCUCCAGAUAUUGAUGUUGAUUCUUUGGGAAAAGAAGAGCCCAUUGCUGAUGAGAACACCUCAUCAAGGGCAGCAUGGGUUGCCAUUCUACCUAAUGUUAUCAAAACAGUUCAGGAAGUUUUAGAAGAUAGCAUGGAAUGUAAUGAAGAAGAGGACAGCAUUGAUGAAGAAAGUGAUCUCAGCAAUGCUGUAAAGGAGGUGGCUGAAGCCUUGUCCUCCAACAAGCUGUACCGAGCAGUCAAGUUGUUGCAGGAUGUAUUUGAAAAAUUCAGUGGAGCUGAAGUACUAAGCUACAAUCAAGAGGAACAUUCUUCAAAAAUAUUUGAAGCUGUUUCUGAAGAAGACCUAACAGAGAAGGAUAUUAAGUUUCUUGUGGUUCUUGAAAGAAUAUUUUUGUCAGCAAAGGAAAUGGAGAAGGCUGUAUCAGAAGAAGCAAAAGAUGAAAUGACUGAUGAGACUACUAAAAAAAAUGAAGAAUUAAAGUUGGAGAUCAAUAAACAGAAAAUGCUGGUUGUAUAUUUCAAGGAUUCUGUGAAGUUUGCUAGGCUUAUUCAACAAGGGCUGCCUAUAAUGUGUCAACUUUUAGGCAGCAAACAUGUUUCUGAUGUUAUGGAAGCCAUAUCAUUUUUUGUAACAGCAUUUGAGUUUGGUGUUCUUGAUGCCAUGACUGGUGUUAGGAAAAUGCUGAUGCUAGUGUGGAGCAAGGAACAAGAGGUGAAGGCAGCUGUGGUUGAGGCAUAUCGGCGCCUUUACAUCAACAAUGAUAAUCAUAAUGAAAGAACACAAGCACUCCAGAUAGUUGAAAAUUUGUCAUCACUUAUUAUUGGAGCAACCAUGGGAGAACGCACAUCACUUGAAGAAAUUGUCUCUCAAUUUGUCUCCUCUGGAGACAUUACUAAGCAGUGCAUAACACUGUUGUGGGAGCGCUUUACCAAGACUCUUCCAGACACCACUGAUGAGGAGGCACAUAUGGCAUUGAUUAUCCUCGCUAUGUGUGCCAAUGCUGAACAAAGCAUCAUUUUGAGCAAUUUUGAUGUUCUGACUGCUUCUGGCCUGGGUGAGCAAGGAGAGCAGGACUUUGCUCUUGUGAAAGAAACCUGCCAUGCAUUGCUGAGAGUAGCUGUUGUUAAGCCAAAGACUGAUGCACCUACAGCUCCAAAUAGACUGGAUCGUGACCAUGAGAUCUUUGUGAGGCUGAGCAAUAUUCUUGUCCAAGGUUUGACAAAUCUUAAGGAUUGUCAAUAUUCUCCUAUGGCCUUGAAAGCUGUGUCAGUUAUAUAUGCGUUGGCUGAGCACCCUGACUUGAUAUGUGAGGAAGUUAUACAGAACAUGUAUCAGAUCUUAGAAAAUUCCUGCCAAGAUAAAGGAUCAUCUCCAGACAAUGCUUCAGAAGAUAACAUCUUCAGCAUACCUGCUGGGGUGCUGACUCGGUUCUGUGUUGUGCUUGGUCACGUGGCUGUGUGCCAACUGGUCCAUCUUGACAUUUAUAUCUUCUCAGAACUGAAGAGAAGAAACAAUUUAAAAGAGGAAAUGGAAGUAGAAAAAAAAAGAAAGAAGUCAAGAAAGAACAAAAAAUCAUCACAUGCUAGUGAUGUCUCCAAGGGGUCACAAGAAACAGAUCUAGAUGAAGAAAUGGGAUUGGUUGGUGCUGUAGCUGAUGACACAGAGGCAGAAUAUAUUCGCUAUGUGUGUGAAACCGAGAUUAUCAACAGUGAUAAUCUUCUUGGGACUAUAAAGCCAAUGAUUUGGACACUGUGUACAAAUCCAGACAAGUACAAGAGUACAGAGCUUCAAGCUGCUAGUUCCUUAACACUAGCCAAGUAUAUGAUGGUGUCCUCAAAAGUAUGUGAAGAAAACCUACAGCUGUUGUUCACCAUUUUGGAGAGGUCCAAUGAAGAUGUUGUAAGGGCAAACCUGGUCAUUGCCCUUGGUGACCUCUACUUCAGGUUCCCCAAUGAACUUGAGCCUUGGACACCUCGCUUCUACGCCAGACUUCGUGACGCCUCUUCAAAAGUUCGACAGAAUACAUUGACUAUUCUAACACAUCUUGUCUUAAAUGAUAUGGUAAAAGCAAAAAGACACAUCUCUGAUAUUGCAUACUGCAUUUGUGAUGAAGAUCCUCACAUCUCAGGUCUUGCUGGUCUUUUCUUCCAUGAGCUUGCAAGAAAAGGAAAUACGCUGUAUAAUGUUUUGCCAGACAUGAUUUCUCGUCUCUCUGACCCUGAUGUUGGUGUCAAGGAAGAGUCUUUCAGAAGAAUUAUUGGGGAAGUACUUGGUCUUAUCCAGAAAGACAAGCAUUGGGAGAACUUGGUUGAGAAGCUUUGUCAUAGAUUCCAAGCGACUAUCAAUGUACGUCAGUGGAGAGACAUUGCUUACUGUCUUGCCCAGCUAGAGUUCAAUGAAAAAUGUAUUAAGAAGCUGAGUGAAAACUUUGCCUGUUAUGCAGACAAACUACAUGAACCUGACGUUUAUGACUUCUUUAUGGAAAUUAUAUCUAAUGUUCAAAAGACUGUAAAGCCUGAAGUCAAGUCAAUGGUGGAAGAACUUGAAAAGAGAAUUGUGGACAGUCACGAAAAAGGUGUAGAGGAUGAAAACAUUGCUAGGAAGGCUGGCAAUGCAAAGCUGAAAACAACAAAUAGCAAGACUGCAAAGAAAUCUGCCACAAGCAGAAGAAGAAAGAACAAGUCAAGCUCCAGUGAAUCAGAAAGUGAGAAUGAAGACAUUCGUCAACAGUUGCAUCCUGUCCACAGAAGCAAGAAAGAAAACCUACGUCGAUCAUCCAGAGUUCCACACCGUAAUACAAAAAAUGUACAGCAGUGCAGUGAUGAUUCAGAGGAAAAUGAAGAGGAGAACGAGCUGCCAAGUGAUGCCAGUGAAGAAAUGGAGGACAGUAAACCUGCACCACGUCAACCUUUAACUGUGAGCAAUUCUCAGCCUUCAAGGAGAUCAAGAAGAAAUCAUAAUCAAAAGAAAAAUUAGUUACAAAGCUGAAAAGUACAAUUUUGAUGAAUCAUGAGAAUUGAUUUUUGGACCUUUUUAAGAUUUUAUAUUUUUAUCAAUUUAUGUUCAACUUAUAUUCUUUCAAGUUUUGGUUUGACAACUAAGAUACUUUAGUCAAAAGUUCUGAUGACUGCUAUAGUCUGUUCACUUUAGUCUGAGCCGUGAAGCCGAGCCUCAUUUGAAAGGAGGUCGCUGAUUGGCUGGCCCCCUCUCUCAGUCACCUGUUGAAAGGCUGCGUCAUGAAUGCUUUGUGGUACAUGCUUUUGUUUUAUUCGUUAUAUCUCAUCUUAUACACAUAACAGACAGUUUCUGUUGGUACCAUUACACUUAACAAUAAAUGCAGAAGCUUUGAUACUAGGGGAAAAACAAUUAAUAAGCAACUAUAAAGAAGUUUUAGCGAGUUGAAGUGGAAAACUUUUCGCGACAUCUUUAUAACAUGGUUUACUUAUCAUCAUAUCUGUUAUGUGUAUAAGAUGAGAUAUAACGAAUAAAACAAAAGCAUGUACCACAAAGCAUUCAUGACGCAGCCUUUCAACACAAGGUGAGUGAGAGAAUGGGCCAGCCAAUCAGCAGCCUCCUUUCAAAUGAGGCUCAGCUUCACGGCUCAGACUUAGGUGAACAGACUAUAGUCCCUUUUUUCUCACAAAGUAAAUCCAUAUUGCAGAUUCUCUUAAUUGUGUAUGGAUAUGUACUGGUUCACAUAUGUCUUGAUGUUCAUUUAGAAUCCUGGACCAGCAAACAAAUCAUAGGGUUUGUCUUAUUACAUUGUUGCUUCUGUUCAUUUGACUUAAGAGUAAAUACAAGACCUAAGACAAAAUUACAACCUUGUUUUCUGAUAGAAGUGAAAGGCUAACAAUCCCUGGUUUAUGCCACAAGUAAUAAUGUUAAAUUUAAACCACUAAAAAAUGUGAUAAGGACACACAGCUUAGUUGUGUUGUAGGAAAUUAUAUGAUCAUGUUCUUGCAUGUUCUUAAAAGAUUAUUUAUAAAUACAAAGUGAGGAGAUUAGGAAUCCCUUCCCAUAUACUUUUAUUCCUAAGAGAGGGUGUUAUACAGAUAAUGUAUCUGGACUACCCUUAUCCCUUUUAAGGUUAAUGUUGGCCACAUGAUGCAAAUAGAUUUACAUGAAAAUAUUACAUAGAUUAUACUAGACACACUUCUCUUGGGAAGAUAUUCAAGUAAGUAAGAAUUUGAUUUAACAUGUGACAAUGUCCCUGAUUGUUACUAGGCUGGUUGGGAUUUAUACUUUUGUUUAAAUGUAAACAUUUUCUCAAGGAAAGAACAUUUACUAUCCUUGGGAAGAAUACAUAUUUAAUUGAAAA